GCUGGAGAAUUGGAAAGUGGGAAUGCUGGAGAGCCUGCAAAAUUGAUUAGGCAAAGGUAUCGCGAAGCAGCAGACAUUAUCAGCAAGGGAAAAAUGUGCUGCCUAUUCAUCAAUGACCUCGAUGCUGGAGCGGGUAGGAUGGGCGGUACUACCCAAUACACUGUCAACAAUCAGAUGGUGAAUGCCACUCUUAUGAACAUUGCUGAUAACCCAACCAGUGUCCAGCUUCCUGGUAUGUACAACAAGGUGGAAAAUCCACGCGUUCCCAUCAUAGUCACUGGUAAUGACUUCUCCACAUUGUAUGCCCCUCUCAUCCGUGAUGGUCGUAUGGAAAAGUUCUACUGGGCACCUACACGGGAAGACUGCAUUGGUGUCUGCACGGGCAUUUUCCGGACAGAUGGUGUACCUAAGGAGGGCAUAGUGAAGCUUGUUGACACCUUCCCUGGACAGUCCAUUGAUUUCUUUGGUGCUCUCAGGGCAAGAAUCUAUGAUGAUGAAGUGAGGAAAUGGAUAUCUGGCGUGGGUGUAGAGAAUGUAGGUAAACGGCUUGUGAACUCAAAGGAGGGGCCUCCAACCUUUGAUCAACCAAAAAUUACACUUGAGAAGCUCCUUGAGUAUGGAAACAUGCUUGUUCAAGAGCAGGAAAAUGUAAAGAGAAUUCAAUUGGCUGAGAAGUACUUGAAUGAGGCAGCUCUUGGAGAUGCAAAUGAAGAUGCUAUCAAGAAUGGAAACUUCUAUGGCAAAGCAGCCCAACAAUUUAAGCUUCCUGUUCGGGAAGGCAGCACUGAUCCAUCUGCUGCAAACUUUGAUCCAACAGCUAGGAGUGAUGAUGGGUCCUGCCUGUAUCAAUUUUAAGUCUGUUCCAGGCAUUUGAGUAUAAAUUGCAUAGGGAAAAUAACCUCCGAGAAUGGGUGUACCAGCUCUAUUCAACAAAAAUUGUUUUAAAAA